AGGCCUCUCUCCAUGGUGCUGAAGAUCCGGCCGUCUCUGUCCGGGGUGCUGAACAGCUCCGGGGUCCUGGGCUGCUUCUUCUUCUUCUUUUUUUUUUUCCCCUGACUGCUGUCACGCCGAUCCAGUCCCCUCAGCCUCAUCUGGGCUUUCUCCUCCCGUGGUCGCGGUCACACGGGUGUCACGGCGUGGGCGUCCGUCCGUCUGUCUGCUCAGCCCAGAGAUGCCGGAGCGGAGGGGGAGGGGAGGCCAGUAGUCUGAGCGGAAGUUCACGGUAAAGGCGUGGACAAGGGGACAGCCAAUCAACCGGAGAGGACGAGCCUCACUGACAAAAUGAGUCAAGACACUACAGAGACACGAACACGCACCCGCUCCAAAGGCAUGAGGGUGUCAUCAGAAUUGGUUGGACAAGAGAUGAAGCAGGAGCUGAGCAGCUGCCCGACCCCUGGAUGUGAUGGAAAAGGUCACGUCAGCGGACGAUACUCGCGACAUAGAAGCGUACUGGGGUGCCCGAUCGUGAAGAAGAGGAAGCUGGAGGAGGCCGAGGCUGAGGAGAACCAGUCGGCCCUGAAGAGGAGGACCAAGCCCGGCAGGCAGGCCGCCGACGAAUUCUUCACCGCGGACAGCGACACGGCAGAAGAGGAGGAGGAACCGAAAGAAGGGGACGGAGAGGACGACGGAGACGACAAAGACAAGAAGAAAAACAAAAUGAGGAGCAGGCCAGAGUCGAUACAGACCGAGGCCACGGAAAUAGCAGCUUGUCCCGCGGCCGCCGACGACAACGAGAUCAAAGGCGUCGCCUCCGAGGCCGAGAACAAAACGGAAAGCGAGACGACCGCUGAGGAGGUGCAGCUGAUAACGGCGGCCGACGACGUCCAGCGGGACGAACCGGAGGCGAAGGACGAGGAGGAGGAGGAGGACGUCCAGCUCGCGGCGAAGGAGGCAGUGUCAGAACAACACGGGGAAGAGGAAGUGGUCGUUGAGCUCGCGGAGGCAAAAGAGGAGGAGGAGGAAGAGGAGGAGGAGGAGGAAGUAGAAGAGGAAAGGAAAGAGGAAGAGCAGCAAGAAAGACAAGUAAAUAUAGUUGAGGAGAGACACAUAGUAAACCAGGAGAACUCUGAUCACCAGUACUCAAGCGGAGACUACAACCAUCAGGCCAAAGAAUUAAAACAGGAGCAGAGCAAGAGGGAGGAGGAGGUAGAAGAGGAGGAGGAAGAAGAGGGAGAAGAAGAAGAGGAGGACGAGGAGGAGGAAGAGGAGGGGGCGGAGACGGAGGUCCUGCAAGAGGAUGACACACCUUACACUUUGAGUCCGCACACUCAGGGAUCUGAAGCUGAAGUGUCACUCAGGGAAGAAAAGGUCACCACCCCGAUGACCAGGGAAGAGGUGGAGGAGGAGGAGGAGGACGAGGAGGAGGAGGAUGAAGAUCAGGAAGAGGAGAGAGGGGACCGGGAGGACGAGGGGCAGGGGAAGGAAGCAGGCGAGGUGGUGAGGGAAGAAGAAGAGGACGACAGAGACUCCAACAAAUCCUCUCCAACUACCGUGGUCAUAGAGGUUCACUCCGAGGAGGAGGAGGAGGAAGAGGACGAGGAGGAGGAAUACGAAGAAGAGGAGGAGGAAGAGGAGGAAGAGGAGGAGGAGGAGGAGGAGGAAGGGGACGAGCAGGAUCAUGUGUCGGAGGGAUCGGGAGUCACGGACGACUCGGAGAACUGGGAUAUGACUCGGGGGAACCUCGGGCUGCUGGAGCAGGCCAUCGCCUUGAAGGCGGAGGAGGUGAAAGGAGGGCAGGAGAUGCGCAGCUCCCCGGACUACCUCCCCUACAGCGGCUCCAGCAAAAGCCCCGAGGCUUCUGCUGCUGCUGCAGCCCGACGCACUGCCCACUACAGCAAAGAAAAGAAGGAGGUGAAGUGUCCGACCCCGGGGUGCGAUGGGACGGGUCAUGUGACCGGGCUAUACCCUCACCAUCGCAGUCUGUCCGGAUGUCCUCACAAAGACCGAAUUCCUCCAGAGAUCCUGGCCAUGCAUGAGAACGUCUUGAAGUGUCCCACCCCUGGUUGCACAGGCCAAGGGCACGUCAACAGUAACCGCAACACACACCGCAGCCUGUCCGGCUGCCCCAUCGCAGCAGCAGCUAAGCUGAACAAGAACCAGGACAAACCGGUUAGUUUACCGUCGUCAGCCAGCGAACCCUCUUCCAACUCUGAUAGAGUGCUCAGACCCAUGUGUUUUGUGAAACAGCUAGAGAUCCCUCAGUAUGGCAGCUACCGGCCCAACACAGUGACCACCACACCUCGAGCUAACCUGGCCAAGGAGCUGGAGAAAUACUCCAAGGUGUCAUUUGACUAUGCAAGCUUUGAUGUCCAGGUGUUUGGAAAGCGUAUGCUCAUUCCAAAGACACCGAGCUCAGCCGAAACAUCACCCAAGGCCUUUAAAUCUAAAUCAUUCCCCAAGGAAUCCUCUCCCAGUCCCACCGUGGCCAGAGGAUUUCCCAAGAGCACCUCGUCCUCCUGUGGCUACGACUACAGUCAAGAUGCAGAGGCAGCCCACAUGGCAGCAACAGCCAUCCUCAACCUGUCCACUCGCUGCUGGGAGAGACCAGAAACCCUCGGUGCCAAGCCCAGGGAGCCCUGCCCCAAGGAGUCGGAUAUUGAGGUAGAUGAAAAUGGCACCUUGGACCUCAGCAUGAAGAAACCCAAGAGGGAUGGCAUGCAGACUCCCGAGCCUUCGUCUUCUUCGUCUUCCUCUUCUCAGUAUGUGGGGGCCAAUUUAUCUCAGGGCCACGCUCAACCAGAGUGGGAGGGGCCACUAGACUUCACCAAACCUAGUGGAGUCAAAGAGGAAGAUCAUGAAGAGGUGGAGUACACGGUUCCAUCAUACACCUCAUCUGAAGGCGAGGAGGAGGAUCAGGAGAACCCGGAGGACAGGAAGUACCCCGGCGAGGUCACCACCUCCAGCUUCAAAGUCAAGUUUCAGCCCAAAGACAACAAAAAAGACAUUCUCGUAUGUCCCACCCCAGGCUGCGAUGGAAGUGGACACAUCACUGGAAAUUACGCAUCACAUCGCAGUCUGUCAGGCUGUCCUCUUGCUGAUAAAUCACUUCGGACCCUCAUGGCUGCCCACACAGCUGAAUUAAAGUGUCCCACUCCGGGCUGCGAUGGAUCAGGACACAUCACUGGAAACUACGCUUCACACAGAAGUUUGUCUGGAUGCCCUCGAGCCAAGAAAGGUGGAGUCAAAUCAACCCCCACUAAGGACGACAAGGAAGACUCUGAGCUGUUGAGGUGUCCAGUUCCUGGUUGUGACAGUUUAGGCCACAUCAGUGGGAAGUACGCCACCCACCGAAGUGCCUACGGCUGCCCGCUGGCAGCACGCCGGCAGAAGGAGGGUCUUCUUAACGGGGCUCCCUUCUCCUGGAAGGCCUUCAAGACCGAGGGCCCGACCUGCCCGACGCCGGGCUGCGACGGGUCCGGUCAUGCUAAUGGAAGUUUCCUUACACACCGCAGUUUGUCAGGUUGUCCCAGAGCAUCGGCCAACAAGAAGAGAGCCAAGUUCCCUGGAGACGAGUAUAUCACAGCAAAGUUCAGAGCCAGCGAUGUUUUGGACAACGAUGAGGACAUCAAGCAGCUCAACAAGGAGAUCAAUGACCUGAGCGAGUCCAACUCAGAGAUGGAGGCCGACAUGAUGAACCUGCACACUCAGAUUUCCUCGAUGGAGAAGAAUCUGAAGAGCAUGGAAGAAGAGAAUAAACAGAUUGAAGAGAGGAAUGAGGCCUUGUUCCUGGAGCUUUCUGGUCUGAGUCAGGCGUUGAUCCACAGCCUGGCCAACAUCCGCCUGCCCACCAUGCAGGAGCCGCUGUCGGAGGACAACUUCGACAGCUACGUGGAGACGCUGACCCACAUGUUCACCAACAAAGACUGCUACCAGAACCCCGAGAACCAGGCGCUGCUGGAAUCCAUCCACCAGGCCAUAAAGGGCAUCGAGGUGUGACAGAGGAGGUCGAGCGGGUGGGAG